CAGAUACCUGAUAGAUACAAAAUUGGGCGGAAAAAAGUUAUUUAUAUGUAAAUAGAAACAGUGUGAGAGCGAAAGAAAAAAAAAAAAAGAGAGAGAGAGAGAGAAUAAUGACAGAAUCUCUAAAGCUUCCGAUGAUCGAUCUUUCAUCAUCAGACCGGAUCUCCACCGCUAACUCUAUCCGUCAGGCCUGCAUGGACCAUGGCUUCUUUUACGUCAUCAAUCAUGGGGUUGAGGUGAAACUGUUACAAAAUGUGUUUGAUGAAAGUAGCAAGUUUUUUUCGCUUCCAGUUGAAGAGAAGAUGAAAGUGGCUCGCAAGGGAGAUGUGGGUUUUGCUCCACUUUAUGCCGAGAACCUUGAUCCUUCUACGACUUCUAAAGGAGAUUUAAAAGAAACGUUCCAUAUUGGCCCCUUACAACCCGCAGAGAGCUGUCUGAACCAAUGGCCUUCUAAAGAAUUAUUACCUUCAUGGAAACCCAUAAUGGAGAAGUAUUAUGAAAAAGUGUUGUCUGUUGGGAAGCAGCUGAGCUAUUUGAUUGCAUUGUCUUUAAAUUUGGAUGAGGACUUCUUUGACAAAAUAGGGGCUAUGGAUAAACCAUUCGGUUUUUUACGUCUGUUGCACUAUCCAGGUGAAAUGGGGGUUUCUGAUGAGAUUGUAUAUGGUGCUUCUGCACAUUCGGAUUAUGGAAUGAUCACUCUUCUGGCGACAGAUGGCGUUCCCGGCCUCCAGGUAUGCAGGGAUAAACUUAAGCAGCCACGGAUUUGGGAGGAUGUUAUAUAUGUCAAGGGGGCCUUCAUUGUUAAUCUUGGGGACAUGAUGGAAAGAUGGACUAAUUGUCUAUUCCGAUCAACAUUACACCGAGUUAUGCCAACUGGGAAAGAACGAUACUCGAUGGCCUUCUUUUUCGAUCCUAACCCAGAUUGCAUAGUGGAGUGUUUGGAAAGCUGCUGCAAUGAGUCAUCCCCUCCACGGUUUCCUCCUAUCCGUAGUGGAGAUUACCUGAGGGAGCGUAUCAAUGCUGCAUAUUCCUCGUAGCAGGAUUCAAAUGUAUUUGCAGUCGCUCAAAGAUGAAAGAUGUGUAAUUAUGUAUCAUAUGUUACGAAUUUACGAUAUAUUUAUAGUGUCUUUAUAGACCAACACAUGUCGCCAUUUCUUUCUUUGUAUUGUUUUCAUUUGGUAAGACACGUCUCCUUUUGUCAAUGAUACUUGAAACAUGAAAAUAUUAUCAUCUCUACUACUUACAUUUGGCCA